CAUCCGCAGCGAGGCAUCACGCUCAUUGGCUGGCAUGCGAGUGGUGGGGGGUUCGCCGUUUGACGGCUUAUAAAUAGCGCGUAAUUCUCAAUUUCAUGCCUUUGCGACUCGAACAGGGGACGAGGGUAUGUCGUUUAAACGUUCAUUUUAACAUUGGAGAAGUUUGCAGCCCUGUCUUCGAAACGAUUGUGACUUUUUCUCUAUAUUCUAAUCUCUGCUGAUUAUAAAACGACGACAAACGGAGAAGGAACGUCCAUCGUUGGAUUUCUUUACUAAGAUUCUAGUAUAGCACACUGAUUAUUCUCGCAGAAAGUAUAUUUCUCGCAUAUUCGUUCGAUCGAAAAUAAAGACGCAACGUCUUGUCGUCGCGUCUCGCGUCGCUUUUUACGCGUGAAGUUGACCGCACAUGAAAAACGAUGCCGCUUCCCCAUUUUGAUCGCAUUCACAUUUCAUUCGUGAAAUGUGGCGGAUAGAGAAUGACACGGCGGAACGGACCGGCUCUCAGAGGAGUGGAAACGCGCGAUCAAAUAUGGUACUGUCUAUAUGUCACAAAGUAAGCAAUAGGAACAGAAGAGAGACGAGAAACAGGCUUGACAAUUCUGUGAGGAGGAGGAAGAGGAAGAAGAGGAAGAGGAAGAGGAAGAGGAAGAGGAAGAGGAAGAGGAAGAGGAGGCUUAAGAAAAGCAAUGGGUUUCGAUGGAGCAACUUUGUAAACUAUGUAGCUGAUAACUCCACUGCUGCGCAUCAGUCGCCGAAACCGCCACUUUCAUGUGUUAAAACGAUAAAAGAACAAGUGCAUAAUUUAAAGUAAUGAUAGAGUGUCAAUAUGAUGAAACUAUUAUUAACGCGAUAAGUACAAAGAUUUCUACAGAUUUAUCUAUGAAACAUCUUAAAACAAAUAGAA